AUGUCGUCUUUGAGGCUCCGUAUACCUAGCGAAGCAGGGACCGAUGCCGUGCUCAACCGCUGCAAUAGCCUGGCGAAGAUUGUCCACAGGCGAAGGUGGCGCUUGGCUUACACAGUCAUAUACUUCACCAGGGCUCUCGAGUCUCUGUCACAACAGGUCCUCGGGAGGAAGACGGACCUGUUGCGGUCGCUCUCUUACGUUGCCAUUGACAUCAACCUCGGAAACGAUGGUAACCCACGUGAAGGAGAUCGCCCCUCGCUUCGGGAUGUUGACCCAAAGAUCCUGAGUAACAUGGUAAGAGAGAAAAGGUUAGAAUCUCUAGCUCAACUCGGUGGCAUUAAACAACUCGCUUCAAUUCUCAUGACAAAUCCCGACAAUGGAUUGAGCGGAGAUGAAACCGACCUCAUGCAGCGAACCGAUGUUUUCGGUGCGAAUAAGUACAAUAAGCCGCCGGCAAAGAACUUUCUCAGUUUUGUGCUUGAUGCACUCAAAGACAUGACCAUAAUCAUUCUCAUAGCAUGCGCUGUUCUCUCUUUAGUAUUCGGCAUCAAACAACACGGCCUCAAAGAAGGUUGGUAUGAUGGUGGGAGUAUCAUCAUCGCCAUCUUUCUAGUUGUCGCCGUGUCUGCUCUCAGCAACUAUAAGCAAGGAAGGCAGUUCCAGAAACUUUCAAAAGUGAGCAGCAACAUAAGAGUGGAGGUUGUGAGAGAUGGCAGGAGGCAACCGAUCUCCAUAUUUGAUGUCGUUGUAGGCGAUGUCGUGUUUCUGAAGGUUGGCGACCAGGUUCCAGCUGACGGGUUGUUUGUGGAUGGCCAUUCCCUGAAGGUUGACGAGUCUAGCAUGACCGGUGAAAGCGAUCAUGUCGAAAUCUACAGCGAGAAUCCUUUCUUGCUCUCGGGCACCAAAGUGAUAGAUGGCUACGGUCGCAUGAUGGUUGCUUCUGUCGGCAUGAACACUGCAUGGGGCGAGAUGAUGAGUUCCGUGAGCCGCGACUUAGAUGAAGAGACCCCGCUCCAAGCCCGUCUAAACAAGUUGACUUCCUUCAUCGGGAAGGUUGGGCUGUUGGUGGCUGUACUGGUGCUUCUCGUCUUGAUGAUCCGCUACUUCACCGGACACACCCAAGAUGAGGCCGGACACAGAGAAUUCACCAGCGGAAAUACCAAGUCCGGUGACGUGAUGGAUGCAGUCGUGCGCAUAGUUGCCGCAGCGGUGACCAUUGUGGUGGUGGCUAUACCUGAGGGCUUACCCUUGGCCGUCACUUUGACGCUGGCCUACUCCAUGAAGCGCAUGAUGGGCGACAAUGCCAUGGUCCGGAAGCUCUCUGCCUGUGAAACCAUGGGUUCUGCGACAACAAUCUGUACGGAUAAAACCGGGACUCUCACGGUAAACCAGAUGAGAGUCACUGAGUUCUGGAUGGGGAAAGAACAUGUGAGUGUAGAUGCAUCCAGAAAAAUUGCAGCCAGCAUCCUUGAAAUCCUACUGCAAGGAAUCGGCUUGAACACAACAGGUACUAUCCACGUGCGACCUUUGGUUUCUGCUCCUGAGAUUUUAGGCAGUCCAACAGAGAAAGCAAUACUUUCUUGGGGUGCGCUCGAAUUGGGUCUGAUGAUGGAUCAACUUAAGCAAGACUGGGAGAUAAUCCAAGUCGAGGCAUUCAAUUCUGAGAAAAAGAGAAGCGGGGUUGCAGUGAGGAGGAGAGGAGAGCUGGUCAUUCACAUACACUGGAAGGGAGCUGCUGAGAUGAUCUUGGCAUUGUGUUCAGAUUAUUACAGCCAGAGUGGGACGGUGAACGUCAUGAAUGAUGAAGCAAGGUCUGAGUUCGGGACAAUCAUAAAAAAUAUGGCAGACAAAAGCCUGCGCUGCAUCGCAUUCGCCUACAGAAAAAUCAAUGGUUCGCUUGCUCAAGUUCAUGGGAGACUCGAGGAAGAUGGACUUACAUUGUUAGGGAUAGUGGGGAUAAAGGAUCCAUGCAGACCGGGUGUCAGGAGCGCAGUGGCGUCUUGUAGAAAUGCCGGAGUGAACAUCAAGAUGAUCACAGGAGACAAUGUGCACACUGCAAGAGCUAUAGCCCUGGAAUGUGGGAUACUCAAUCCCGACAAAGAUCUUGAACACGAAGCCAUAGUAGAGGGCGUUCAGUUUCGCAACUACUCACCCGGACAGAGAAUGGCAGCAAUCGAGAAAAUUCAGGUAAUGGCUAGAUCGUCCCCAUUUGAUAAGCUUUUGAUGGUGCAGUGCUUGAAGCAGAAAGGGCAUGUGGUGGCAGUCACUGGUGAUGGCACGAAUGACGCGCCAGCCCUAAAAGAAGCAGAUAUCGGCCUCUCCAUGGGCAUCCAAGGCACUGAGGUGGCAAAGGAGAGCUCAGACAUUGUCAUCCUGGAUGACAAUUUCGCCUCUGUGGUGACCAUAUUGAGGUGGGGGCGGUGCGUCUACAACAACAUUCAAAAGUUCAUCCAGUUUCAGCUCACGGUGAAUGUUGCUGCACUCGUCAUCAACUUCGUUGCUGCAAUCUCUUCUGGCGAUGUCCCUUUGACGGCAGUCCAGCUUCUUUGGGUGAACUUGAUUAUGGACACCCUGGGAGCUUUGGCGUUGGCCACAGAGCAACCCACAAAUGAUCUCUUGCUAAAACCGCCGGUUGGACGAACAGAGCCGCUUAUCAACAGAGUUAUGUGGAGGAAUCUCACAUCUCAGGCCUUGUACCAAGUUAUCGUCCUCCUGACCCUACAAUUCAAGGGGAGUUCUAUUUUUGGAGUGGACAAGAAAGUGAAGGACACAAUUAUUUUCAACUGCUUUGUCCUCUGCCAGGUCUUCAAUGAAUUUAACGCCAGGAAGCUGGAGGACAAAAAUGUAUUCAAAGGGAUACAUAGGAACAAGUUGUUCUUGGGCAUUGUUAGCAUGACAAUAAUUCUUCAGGUGGUGAUGGUCGAGUUUCUGAAGAGGUUUGCCAACACCGAGAGGCUGGACUGGGGACAAUGGGGUGCUUGCAUCGGACUCGCAGCUUUGUCAUGGCCGAUUGGUUGGCUUGUUAAGUGUAUUCCCGUCUCGGGAAAAAAUUUCUUCUUUUCCCGCGGAGAAGAUGCGUCCUGAACACAAUGUUAAACUCACAGAAGAUAAUCCUUUCUUCUUACAUCUAGAUUUCAGCUGCUAGGAUGGUUAGGGCUUCAGAAUCUGUUCUUUAAUUCUAAAUUUUGUGCACUGUAAAGGAUGUCUCAUUUUAUGUUUUGCUACAGAAUAAAAUCAACAGUUUAUUGUCA